UUGUGAGGAGCAGAGGUACACCUCGUCUGCAGAGUUGUUUUUUAUCAGCGUCAGAUGAGGAGAGAAGUGAGUGAUGGAAAGAGAUAGAGAGCUGAGAUGACAGCUGUUUGACGGAGGGACAGCAGGAGGAGGUGCACACGAGAAACAUCACAUGUGAGAGACGCCAGAGAAGCACAGAGCACGACAUCCAUAUGCUAAGAAUGAGUGAAACUCCAAUAGAGCUUGAGCCUCAGCUAUCAAUCCAGCCAUCGUCACAGACAGAAGUUGAGAGGGGGCUUCGGCCUCCACCUCUGUUGCAGCUGCCACUCCCCAACCAGGAUCCCUCGGAGAUCCAGCAACAAACCCAGCUCCAGCCUGAGAUACCGCUGUCAGAGUCCGGCCCCGAGCACCAGCACCAAGCAAAGUCACUGUGGAUAAGACAUCGAGGGCUGCUCCUCCUCUUGUUGGGGUUCUCCUUAUGUGCUGCCUUGUCGGGAUUAAUUUACUAUAUGCAGCUGAAUCCUCGAAAUGAGAGCAAUAACCAGACAGGCACUGUGACUCAAUGUCUGUCCCCAGCCUGUCAGCGGGCCUCGGCCCGACUCUCCAUGUCUGCGGAUCCUUUCAUGGAGCCCUGUGACUACUUCUUGUUCACAUGUGACAGACUCGCACGAGACAGUCGAGGGAGACAAAGAGGACAGGGUAUCCCUGGACAUCCACAGAACCAGAACGGGAAAUCCCGGAGGCCAGAGAGCAGAGGAGAAAAUAAAGAGAGAGAAGACAGGGGACUGAGAGGGGGGGAAAGACUGGACAGAAAAACUGUGCUGCUGCAGUACCUCAGGGAGAUUUUGGAAUCGAACAACAGAGAAGGUGGUUCAGCUGUGCAGAAGGCCAAAGGAUUCUACCAUUCCUGUUUGGACACCAAGACAAUAGAAACCGCUGGCGUAGAGCCCUUCCUCACACUCAUCCAGAAACUGGGAGGUUGGGCAGUGUCAGGCCAGUGGAAUAAGACUGAUUUCAACUCCACCCUGAGCCUGCUAAUGAGAGACUACGCCACCUUUCCAUUCUUUAACCUCUAUGUGGGCAAAGACCCUGAAGAAACUGCCCUUGGGUCGACCAAAAGAUACAUACAGAUCGAUCAGCCAGAUCUGUUGAUCCCGAUUGAAUGGAACAGCAAGACACUGAAGUCUGAAGCGAAAGCUGAGGUUGAUCACAUAGCCAGUCUACUCUUGACUCGAUUAAUGUGUUACAUCCAUCUGUUCAUCAUUCUCCUGCCUACUUUCAUCCAGACAAUACGUCCCUUCUUGGCAACGUGUCAGAGGUACCUGGCGCUGUUGGGGGCCCUGCCCAGCAGCAGCAUGAUCCAUGUGGGCAUGUUCAUGUCUCUGUCCUCUGAGCUCGCUGUAGCUGCGACACCUCUGCAAUAUCGCCUUUCAAGGGGACAGCUCUUUCAGCGCAUGUCCAUCAAAGAGCUACAGAUCCAGGCACCCGCCAUUGAUUGGUUGGGCUGCCUGCGGGCCGCGUUCCACCCACUGCACCUAAUCGAAGACGAUCAUGUCCUUCUGCAUAACUUACCCUACAUGGUGCACAUGUCCCCCAUCAUUGGGAAAUGGCUGAACAAGCAUGAGCCGAGCAACAGCGGUCCCCUUCAAACUUACAUGGUCUUGAAUCUGCUGCACACCCUGAUGCCUGCCCUGGACUCCAGAUUUUCUGAAACAGUUAUGAAUGUAUCUGUGGGUAACGCUGACGUGACAUCUCCUCGCUGGAAACGCUGUGUGUUGGAAACAGAGAGAGGAUUUGACUCAGUUCUCACGCACCUUCUCCGAGAGAGGACGGCACACAGAGAGGCAGAGGAGAUUAUUCAAAAUAUCUUCUCCUCCUUCAAGUCUAAAUUACACGAACUCAAGUGGAGGGAUCAGAAGUCUCUCCAGUCUGUUAUGACAAAGGUUCAGUCCUUGAUUCCCAGACUCUGGACUACAAGUGAGAUCUCUGGUGAAGCUGAGCUCGAUCUGCUUUUUUCCACGGUGUCAGUGGGUACUCACGGCUUCUUCUCCAACUAUGUCCAGCUACUGUCCUUGUGGCAAAAGAGGCGCAGGAAACUCUUGACUGAACAGAUAGAGUCGGCCGAUAUUCUGUCUGUCACACCACUUCUCCUGCGCAAUGAGCUCCUCUUUCCCAUGGGAAUGUUUGUCCCUCCUCUCUUCCACCCAACCUAUCCCAGGGCAAUGAAUUAUGGUGUGAUGGGUUUCCUUAUGGCCAAAGAUAUCCUCCACUUGCUUUUGCCCGACAUUUACUCUCGGAGUGAGACGGUGCACGCUGUGGGGGAAUGUGUGUGGGCUCACUAUCUCACUGUGACAGAAAAUGCAGGCAGAGGUGGAGCCUUUUCUCUCUCAGCAGCGCAGCGGCAGGAGGUGUGGGUGCAGUAUUCUGCACUGCAGAUUGCGUUGCAGGCUUAUCAUCAGAGUCUGAAGAGCAGUCCGGCGGACACCUCCAUCUCAGGUUUCUCACACACUCGCCUGUUCCUCUCAUCCUUUUCUCAGGUCAACUGUGACUUUGACCCAUAUAAUGAAUUCAUGCCCUUGGAGCCAUCCUUCUUGAUUACAGUCAUUUGUGCCAAGUCUCACCUGUGUCCUACAAGUCUACAGUGUCCCAGUAAAACCCAGCAACAUUCAUUACAAACAUGCUAAGAGAGACUCCUCUGGAGACCGGCAGGACGUUGUUUUUUUGUUGUUGCUCAAUAUUCUGAAUAGUCGGACAAAAUAUUGUCUUCCAAUGUGGUGCUGUAGAAAUUAACCUAGUACACUGUGGAUGUUGGCAAAACUGUUGUUACAGAAAAUGUUCUUCAAUAUGUACGACUCAGGAAACACUGACCCCCCCCCCCCCCCCCAUUGUAUUUGAGAUGUGUUUGCAUGUACCAUCAAUUGCACAAGCUGUUUAGAAUUCAUUUAAAUAAAAAACUAUAUAUUUGAAUAAAUGUUUUCACAUUUCACUUCACUCUUUCGCAGCAGUGAAGUACUCAGAUCCUUCUCUUAGGUAAAACUACAAAUAUAGUAUCACAAUAUUCCAGGCACAACUCACAAAUCUGCUGGCAGAUCACACAAAUCAGGAAGGAAGACGCUUAAAAUAAGAAGAAAUUGGCCAAAACCUGCGGGGAAGUAACACGGUUCUUCAACAAACCAAGGUGCAUGGGUUUGAAAUGGACUUCCAUUUAAACCUUCCCAUAAAGGACAGAAGAAGAAAACCAAGAUCAAAAACACAUCAGCCUCAGAUCUUCCCACUAGAGUAAUAAACUUAAACCUUUCAAACAGA